CCAUAAUCAAAGCAUGGCGAAGGCAGGUGGACGUCUGAAACGUUUCGGCAGUUACGUUGCUGACUACAUAAAGCUAGUCUACACUGAUUACACAAAUGUUGCCAAACAAACUGUCAAGGAUGCUGCAGACCAUCCCUUCAGAGCCACAUGGUACACAACACUAAUAGGAGGCUUAUUGUAUUCAUGGCACACCAAUCCAGAUGAACGAAGUUUUCGAAUAAAACUAAUUCAGAACACUAACGAUUUACUCGCAGUUAGCCAUCUUGUUCGGAACCCAAACAGUGAUAGGCACAUGCAGAUGUUGGCACAGGCAGUAAACCAUGAUGAACUAAGGCGGCUGAACCUGGGUAUAUGCUCAGUGAUGUAUUUGAAGGAUUAUGGUUCGGAUGUGGACCUGUAUGCCGCCCACUGUAAGUCUGUUUCCUGGAGGUGGUGGCAGUUCAAGGAUCAAAUCGUGGAUGUAGGAAUGUGGAACUACUGGUUUAGACUGACCUCCAUGAUGUCAGAAUAUGAUGUUAACCCAGAGGAGUGGAGUUGAUGAAAGAGGACACUUAUUUCUUUAGGAGAAUUGAUGUACAUGUUGCAGUUUUUCAAUUUGUUCAUAUUUUACUAGCACAUUUAUGAUUCUCUUUAAUAAACUCCUUCAAUUAAAUUUUAAAAUACUACCCCAAUAUGGUUUUUGACUGUAGCUACAAGUAUCGAGUCAGACUAAUGUGACUGGCUUCUGGUGAAAUUUGAAGACUGUAUAUUCAUCAUAUUGAAGGUUGACUGACUUAGGCCCAACCUUUUUCAAAGGCCACACUUUCAUAUACAGGGCAGGUAUACCAUAUGAAAUAUACCAAUACCAGAACCAUUUAGUGAUGUGCUGUAUUUGAAGUUAAAGCAUGGGUGUCUUUGUAUGAACAGAGCAUCGUUUCAAGUUUUUUUAAAAUAAAAAGUAAGUUGAUGGAA